CGUCUUCUCUACUCCUCUCCGCAAGUGCAUGUGCUUGUCAGCUUCCGUCAGUGUCAGGGCGUCUUGCCUGAAGAUGGAUUUUACCAGAUUACCGAGUUAUUAGCCUGUUUGUGCCUGCUUGUGCCCGAACCUAUAACCGCCCCUUUGCCCGGUUCCCGCCGGACACGACCUGCCUCGACGGCCCCGAGUCUGGAAUUCCGUGGGAGACUGAAUCUCAGACACUGCGUCCCUGCCCCAGUUACGGGUUGCUCCGCCCCUCAGUUAUGCCGAAAUACCUGUGUCUCCAGGGCUUGGGUCACCCGAGUGUCUGGCAGACGCGGCACUGCCAUUUGCAGAGUCGGAGGGACCUACCGCCACCUGGCCAGUUGCUAUGCUUUCAGGAGCACCGUCUACGCCCCUUUCCAAUGGCCCCAUUUCGCCUCUUUUUCGAGUCUACAAGUAGCCUCGUUGUAA